UUUAAUAAUACGCCGUCGCGACGCAGCCACGAGCGCAAACAAUUCUCAAGAAACAACAAUUAAUUUGAAAUACUUAACUACUUACUUACCUACUUACUUACGCCACAACUUGUGUACUUAGCGAAAUAUUUGUGUUGCUUACUAUGCACGUAUGUAUGUACGCAUGUGUGUGGGUGCAAGUGCGCUGGUGUUUUAUCUAAAUGCUUAUAAGUGAUUUACUGUUUUUGGACAUCUUCGUCGUUUUUUGGUGGAACCAAAAAGAAGUUUACAAGUUUUUGCAAAAAAGCGAAAAAACGAAAAAGAGAAACUUUGUUGUUAGAUUUUAAAGAAAAACUCAAUUAAACUUAAUUAAAUUUAAAUGAAGUGCUGAUAGUUUUGCUCAAACAAGUUGCGGAAGGAAAAGUGUAAUAUUUGUAGUUCAACGCCUAAACCGUAAAGUGAAGAGAAAAAACAAGUGCAAAUAAGAAAUACAAGCUUUGCUUUGAGCCGCUUGCAAUAAAACAUAAACAAAAACAAAAAUACUUACAAACGUACUUCACGUAUUUCCUAGUUUGCCCAUGCAAGGCGCGUACACGCAAUUGCGGGCGCAGAGUGUUAAAUACAAUAACAACAACAAACUAAAAAAAGUAAACAAACCAACGGGCGUGACCAAAAGGGGCUCCAUACAAAAGGGCUGCUGUCGUCACGUCCAUUUUGCUUUCUCUCGCAGCGAGUCAGAAAAAUCGCUUGAAUGCGCAUUUGUUUUGACCGGCUGUGCUUCGCUACCAAGAGGCCAGCCAACACAGAGUAUAGUGAUAGUGAUUCACCGCAUUCACUGCCGCCCGAUCGAUUACAGAACAAUAAUGAGCAACGCAAGCGGAAUGUCAUAACGACCAAACCGCCAUCCAGUAAUAAUCACAAUUUGAAUCCCGCCCAACACACAAUUACACCUUGGACAGUUACCAAUAGCAAUAGCACGAGUAACGGUAAUAGUAAUCCAAAUAAUACCACUGCACCCUUUGGUCCGGCUACUACACUUAACGCCUUAGAUCCACCGUCGUGCAGAGCGUCGACGAAAAACGACGCGCUUUCAGCGACAAAUCUCAACGGCACGCAAACCACAACUGCUCCACCACCCACUAAAGAUAUCAACGCGUUGUAUGCAAAUUUAACCGAUCUAGCGGUCACAGCAACAACUCCAACAACCACAACGACAGGCGAAUCAGCAACCGCAGAUACUUUGGCGGCAUCCAUAGCUGCGGAAGAGCGACAAUCGUUUCGCCAAAAGUCAACAAUAAUUAUUGGAAAAAAAUCCACAACAGCCACAAAUAUCGUUCAGAAGGAGGAGGAAUAUAGUCAAUUUAAUAAUAGCACAGACAGUGGCAUUGGCAACAGUUUAAGAGGCAGCAGCGGCAGAUAUUGCCUAGCGCAAACAAACGCGAACGAGGUGCGAGAAAGCAGCAUCUCCAUUGCCCAUACCGACCCGAACGCCUCCGCAACCACUACAAGCACAUCUGCCGCACAUAGUGCCGUUCUGCGUCACGGCGCGGACAACGUCACGGCCAACGGCGUUAUCGCUAACGAAGAAGAAACAGACGCGAAGACUGAGGGAGAGGCAGACGCUGUUCAAUCGAGCAAAAACACCGCCACCAUGCAGCAGGAGCCGAAUGCCAACUUUCAGUUCCAACCCGAUCUGGGACUGGUGAACAACAAUAAUUUGCCCGCGCUCACCGGAAUCGGUAGUAAUACGGACGGACUACGUACGUUUACUUUACCACUGCAACAAGACGUUAUCGCGCAAACUUUGAUUUACGGUACCGUACCGACGACCGGCGCUCCGCACAUAAACUCGCUGCAACAACAGGAACUGCAAUUGCAACAGCGCUAUCACCAGCUGCAACAGUUGCAAGCCCAGACACAGGGACUGUUUUUGAAUACGAACGCGCCAGGAACUGUUGCUGCUGCAGCCGCUGCCGCUGCUGUUGCGCAAGGUGGUACGCCCUUCGUAGUCGGCACACCACCGCAAUUAUACGCUGCGCCAUCAGUGGCCGACUAUUGUGUGGCACAACAGCAAAAACUGCUCAACGAACAAAUGCAAGGAAUGUGCAUAGCAGGCGCGAACGCCUCACCUGCCACCAAUACGAUGGCAACGGGCAACUCGUCCAUAAACUCACUACUCGAUUCCUCAGCCACAAUGAAUAUACUCAAUAAUAGUUAUGUGCCAACGUCGCCGCAGGAGGAACGCUUCAUGCAGAUUAUUCAGGCGAAAGAACUGAAAAUUCAGGAGAUGCAACGCGCGCUGCAACAAAAGGAUACAGAAAUCGCCGAGUUGAAAUCACAUCUGGACAAAUUUCAAAGUGUGUUUCCAUUUAGUCGUCAUGCUAGCACGGCCACCACACCGGGCGCAAGUGUGCAGCAGCGGAAAAGUGGUCAAGCCUAUCAGCGGCAGCGAGCGCAAGGCAUUUCGGCGGAGCCGCAAAGUGAAUCCUCCGUCUUGCUGGAGCCGGGCGCAUUGCCGAAAUACGAUAAGGAUGAGAGAUCACGUGAACUCAUCAAAUCCGCCAUAUUGGACAAUGAUUUCAUGAAGAAUUUGGAUAUAACCCAGAUACGCGAAAUUGUCGAUUGCAUGUACCCGGUUAAAUAUGCGGCAAAGAGUCUCAUCAUCAAGGAAGGCGAUGUCGGCAGCAUUGUUUAUGUCAUGGAAGAGGGUCGCGUGGAGGUCUCGCGCGAGGGUAAAUACCUAUCGACACUCUCCGGUGCAAAGGUGUUGGGUGAGUUGGCCAUAUUAUAUAACUGCCAGCGUACAGCGACCAUUACCGCUAUAACGGAAUGCAAAUUAUGGGCCAUAGAACGACAAUGCUUCCAAACGAUAAUGAUGCGUACUGGCCUCAUACGGCAGGCGCAGUAUACAGAUUUUCUCAAGAGUGUGCCCAUCUUCAAGAACCUGCCGGAAGAUACUCUUAUCAAAAUCUCAGAUGUGCUCGAAGAGACCCACUACCAAAUGGGUGAUUAUAUUGUACGUCAAGGCGCACGUGGUGAUACCUUCUUCAUCAUAUCGAAGGGGCAAGUGCGCGUGACUAUCAAACAACCCGAUACGCAAGAAGAGAAAUUCAAGCGCACACUCGUCAAAGGUGAUUUCUUCGGCGAGAAGGCGUUGCAAGGCGAUGACUUGCGGACAGCCAACAUAAUUUGUGAUUCUGCCGAUGGCGUUACUUGCCUAGUAAUCGAUCGAGAGACGUUCAACCAACUCAUUUCGAAUUUAGAUGAAAUUAAGCAUCGCUACGAUGAUGAAUGUAUAGUAGAGCGUAAAAAAAUUAAUGAGGAAUUCGACAAUGUGAAACUGACCGACUUGCGUAUUAUUGCCACACUUGGUGUUGGUGGUUUUGGUCGUGUCGAACUGGUGCAAAUUAACGGUGAUAAUAGUCGCUCGUUUGCGUUGAAGCAAAUGAAGAAGUCACAAAUUGUCGAGACACGCCAACAGCAGCACAUCAUGUCCGAAAAGGAGAUUAUGGGCGAGGCCAAUUGUCAAUUCAUUGUGAAAUUGUUCAAAACGUUUAAGGAUCGCAAAUAUUUGUAUAUGCUAAUGGAAAGCUGUCUGGGCGGCGAAUUGUGGACAAUAUUGCGCGAUCGUUGUAAGUUCGAUGAUGCCACUACACGCUUCUACACCGCCUGCGUGGUGGAGGCAUUCCAAUAUCUGCACUCGCGCAACAUCAUCUAUCGUGACUUGAAGCCGGAAAAUCUGUUGCUCGACGAAAAGGGCUACGUGAAGCUAGUGGAUUUCGGUUUUGCCAAAAAACUACAAUCCGGUCGCAAAACAUGGACUUUCUGCGGCACACCAGAGUAUGUGGCGCCUGAGGUGAUAUUGAAUCGGGGGCACGAUAUUAGCGCUGAUUACUGGUCACUGGGUGUGCUGAUGUUUGAGUUGCUAACGGGCACGCCUCCAUUCACUGGUUCGGAUCCAAUGCGUACCUACAACAUUAUAUUGAAGGGCAUCGAUGCCAUCGAAUUUCCGCGUGACAUUACGCGCAAUGCCAGCAACCUGAUUAAGAAAUUGUGUCGCGAUAAUCCAGCUGAGCGUUUGGGUUAUCAACGCGGUGGCAUCAGUGAAAUACAGAAGCAUCGAUGGUUCGACGGUUUCUACUGGUUGGGCUUGCAAAAUCGUACACUCGAGCCGCCAAUCAAGCCAGCCGUGAAGAGCGUCAUUGAUACCACGAAUUUCGAUGCCUAUCCACCAGAUCCAGAAGGUCCGCCGCCAGAUGACUUAACCGGCUGGGAUAAGGAAUUUUAGAUCCAUAUUAGAGUAGGAGGGCCAUACAGAUUUUAUAGAAAAUGGAAAAAUUCUUAAAUAGGUUUAAAAAAAAAACAAAAAAACAAAAACGCGCUAAAACGUGACACUGUAAAAAUAUGCAUAAAUUUGUGUUUGGCUGUUAUUUUUACAAAAGCAAAAGAGCAGAAAAGUUGCUAAUUUCUACAAUACACACACAAUUUUUCAUGUGCUUAUACAUAUUUACCGUUACACAUUUACACGAUUUUGCAAAUAAACACCACACCAAUACAUACACAUAUCUAUUUUUAAUUGAUUUACAUACAUUCAUUGAUGCAUAUGUGUGUGUGUAUGUAUAUUUUAGAGCGCACGCAAGCGUUUCGCAAAGAAUUUACGUUAAUUUUUAAAGGAUUUUUAUUUUCUAUUUAAAGUGUAUUUUUAAAAUUACUUGUAUAUUUAUGAGAUGAGGAGGAAUGCAUACAAAUUUGGUUUUAUAUUUCUACCAUUACUUACUUGCUUAGUUUUGUAUGUAUGUAUUUAUGUAUAUUGCUUUUAUAUUUCACAUUUAUAUGUACAUGCGGUUGUAAUUUUCAACGAAACGUAUGCUGUAAUAUUUGAUGAAAUAAUUAUAAAAAAAUAUCCAUGAAAUUACUGAGCGAUUUUGUUGCAAUAUAUGUAAGAAUUGAUUUAAAACAAAAACAAAAAAAAUAUAAUUAGAUUUUUAAUUAGUUACAUAAAUGUAAAGAAAAUCAUAUUUGUAGAAUUUUAUUAAAUGUAUUUAUGUAUGUGGUAUAUUUUUUGCAUAAACUCAUACACAUUAAAACGCGCCUAAUCAAAACUAAAUACAUACAUAUUAACGCACACACACAACACAACAUAAUGCCGACAGGCGUAUAAACACACAAUUUUGCAUAGAUGAGGGAUUUUUGCAUAAAAAAUAGCUACUUUUAUAAAAUUUAUACAUACAUAUUUACUGUCUCUGUACCUACUUAUAAAUACCUAGAUUUACAACAUUUAUCGUCUUGCUGAUUGUGAGUGAAGCGAAUGGCGCACAAUCGAAUGUACGAGUACUAAGUUGUUAAAAAACGAAAAUGUAAUAGAAUUCACCUGCUGUGUGCCUUUUGUUUAUUUUGUUUUGCAAAUAUGCACUUAAACACAUGUUUGCCAAAAUAUUAAUUAUUAAUUAUAAAAUAUUAAAAAUUAAAACUAAAUACCCUAAAUAUAUCUAUUAUGUAUUGUAAAUUUAUGUAUAUGAAUAAAAUGAUGAGCAAGUAUGAAUUGAGCGUG